AUGGGGUAUACAGAUAUAGGAGGUAUACAGAUAGAGGAGGGUGGGGAUUGGGUAUACAGAUAUAGGAGGGGUAAGACUCCAUAUGAUCUAGCAACAGAGAGUAAACAGAGACAGUAUAAAGAAGUGAUGGAAUACUUACAGGAUAGGCAUGAUAGGUAUGAGAAGAAACCGGGACAGAGAGGACUUGCCCUGAUUGUUAACUUCAUGUUCCAUGGUGAGACAUCUGAGAGAAAAGGUUCUGAUGUGGAUUGCAAGAAUCUCACACAUUUCUUUAAAGAAGAACUAAAGUAUCAGGUGGAAUGUACAACAAGAGAUAUGACAAAGUUGGAGUUAAUGAAGUAUUUCCAAGAAAUUGUCAGAUUAUACUUGGAGGUUAACUCAAAGGAUUAUCAUUCAUUUAUUUGUGUAAUUAUGAGUCAUGGAAAUGAGGAUGGAAUUCUUACAACAAAUGGAUUAAUCACAGUGGAAGAAAUAAAAAAGCCAUUCAAAAACAAAAGUGGGGGCAAAUUUAAUGGUAAACCAAAACUAUUUCUCAUUCAAGCCUGUCGUGGAAAAGAAGAGCAGGAAAAGGUUGUGGUGUCUGAUUGUUUUGGAACUAAAAUCCAUACUGGUCAUGUUGGAAGGUAUGAUGAAUUUCCUGGAAACAGGCAAAGAAGAAGUUCUGUUGAGACCUCUGUUUUUAAACCAGGAAUUCUAGAUCAGCCAUCUGCCUCAUCAGAAGUUUUCUAUACUGAUGCACAUAGUUAUUCUUCAAAAAAUGUUCCAACAGAUGCUGACAUUAUAGUAGCAUAUGCAUCAACACCAGGAUAUGUAUCAAUUCGAGAUAUAAAUGAAGGAGCAUUUUUCAUAAGAGCUUUCUUGUCUGUUGCCAAGAGUAAAUACAAUGAAGAACAUAUCGAGGAGAUAUUAAGAUAUGUGAGAAAUGAAAUAGCUACGAAUCCAGAAUAUGCACCACAAUCUGGACGCUUGGCAGGAAAAUGUCAGAUGGGACAAGUAGAGAGUACAUCUACGAAGAAAUUUUUCUUGAAAUAACAGUUCAAUAAAACUUAUUUGGGGGGG